AUGGUCCUGUGGUUGACUGGCUUACUCGCUUCAAUUACACUCAAACACAGCCUCCUUAUCUUUAUAACAACAGCUUCCCACAUAUCAUCAAGAUCAGUCUCUGCACAACGACUGCCGAAUGGUGGUACGUUAAGUAGACCCAUAGUAAAGCUGGUUAAGACUUUGGAAGACACCGAAGCAACCGAAGACGCAAGGCAUGACGGAGACAUUAGCAUAGAGGAAGGAGCACUAGACAACGGAGUAGAUGGUGUAGCAGAUGUUGUAGCAGAUGGUGUAAUAGACAACGGAGUAGAUGGUGUAGCAGAUGUUGUAGCAGAUGGUGUAAUAGACAACGGAGUAGAUGGUGUAGUAGAUGGUGUAAUAACAGAUGUCGGCGCAGACAGUGGAACAGACAGUGAGUUGUUGGAGAAUGCGCACCUUAAAACUCAAGAAUACUGCCAGGAAUUCGGAAACAAGGAAAAAUUAGAAUGCAAAUAUAACCAUCCAACAAACGAAACGGAUUUAUCGUUAUUGCCGGAAUUCCGUCCUUGCCGACGAGUGAAGCUAUUAGAGAAAACACGAUUCCUCAAAUUUCAGCCUCAAUGGCAAUUGCGUGUGUUGUCUAUAGACGGCGUAAAUUGGCGGCAGAAGGCUACAGGAGACUCGCCCAAAGAAUAA